AUGUACAAAGGACCUAAUAAUCUCAAAACUUAUAAGGUGUCUGAUUGUGAACCUCUUUUGAAGGAUUUCUUUAAUUCAGAGGAUUGUUCGAAUCUCUCCAUAAGAUAAUGCGGUAUUGCUAUAAGACACAAUUUAUAAUAAUUGAUUUCAAUCAUCUCAAAACUCUUAAGUGUUAGAAAUAUUGUGGCUGUUAAAUAGAGAUUGUAUUGGUUAAAUAAAAUUACAUCAAUUGAUAUCACUGAAUGCCUGAUUUUAGGGAUCAAGUCAUCUUCUUAGAAAAUUGAAUUGCUUAAAUUUAUUUUAAAUAACUUGAAAGAUAGAGAUUUCCAAUAAGUUGCAGCAUAUUAUCAUGAUGAUAUUGAUUAUACUACUUAUAUUGAUUAUGCAACUCUGUUGAAAGAUGGGAAUAUAUUAUUACAGAUUUAGAGAAAUGAGCAAUAAAAUAAAUUCUUUGAAAAAUUGCAAUAGUAACUAUAAAAAUUUAUCAACAAAGAUAUACAAUUAGAUGAAUCAUUGCUCAUUGAAUUGCUGCAUUUAUUAUAAAUAAACAUGGAUACUGCCUAGGCUAUUAUUUCAAAAUAUGUUUGGAUGAACAUCUAGGAUUAUGACAAAUUGGAUUAUUUUGUUAAUUCUGCCAUAAAACUAUAGCAAUUGCAAUAUGUCAGUGUCAUCUAAAAUUAAGUAGAAUCUUAACUAAAGGAUAAAUAAUUAAUAUAUAGUAUUGCAAAGGAAAUCCAAAGCAAAGAUACUAUCCAUUAGUUUGUUUAAAAGUUCAUGAUUUCAAAAUUAAAUUAAAGUCAACUCUUCUAAUAAUACUAAUUGUAAAUGGCAGUUUCAAAAUAUAUAAUGACAAAUCAGAAACCAAAUGCAUACUUUUAAACUUUAGAUUUUAUAGCUAGUAUAUAAUACUUUAAUGAGAUCUUGGUGGUGUCCAAUUAUUUUUGGAAUAAAGGAGAAGUUUAGUAAAAUAUUGUUAGUCCUCUAAAAGAUAUUACACUCCCAAUCACUAAAUAAAUAGAAUAAUAGUUCAAAAGUAUUCCAGUUCAAACUCAUAAAAUAUUUCAACUCUUUCAAAUUGUUUUAUAGGUUUAGUAUAAAAAUACCAUUCUGUUUGUUACUUUACAAGAAUUAGCACUAUUAUAACAAUUUUAGAAAGUUAAUUAAGCUAAAAUCAAUAAUAUCGAAUGGGCUUAGAGAUUAAUAACCAUAGGGGUGUUUAAAAAAAUUAAUAGCAAUGAACUUUAAAUAUGUGAGGAGAAUUUUAACUUAUUGUAAAAUUUUGAAUUUGCUUAGAAACCUGAAGUGAAGAAGUAGGAGAUUUUAAUAGAGGAGUAUGAAUAAAAUAAAAAGCUUAUAAUAGAGGCAGGGAUCAUGAAGAUUAUGAAAUAGGAGAAAAAGAUGUAGCAGUAGACUCUGUAUGGAAAACUAGCUUAAUUGAUAAAGAGAUCUGUAAUUCUAACAGAGAUUGAGUUGAUAGAGUCAAUAAAAGGACUUGUGAAAAGAGAUUUGCUAUGUUAUGAAAAUGAUGUUGUAUUUUAUAGUAUAUGA